UUUCCCAGGCAGCGGUUGUUGCAACAUCGCGGCGGAGCGGGGGAAGCGGCUGCUGCUGACAGCGCAGCGCCGCGCUCGCAGGUCCCUUCCCUCAGCUCCGAGGGGUUUCGUGCCAGGAUUUUUGCAGGUCCAGCCCCCCUCGUCUGUCUCGGAUUUAGGAUUAACUCGCCUAUUGAGAGAUGGUCUUAGCUGAAUUAUUUAAAGACACCUGAAACCCCGCUUUGCGCCGGUGGCCGGGCCCGCUGUCGAUGGAGCCCCGCAUCGCCCACAGCAUCACCGCGGUCCCCAGCGCCGUGAUGGUGCAGCCCUUCCCGGACAGCCGCAUCCCCUACGGGCGGCUGCAGCACCCGCUCACCGUCCUGCCCAUCGACCAGGUGAAGACGACGCACGCGGAGAACGACUACGCCGACAGCCCCACGGCCUCGCGGCCGGGCCCGGGCAGCCAGCCGCCGGCGCGCUGCCAGCGGGACGUCACCCACCCCUGGAUCUCCUUCAGCGGCCGCCCCAGCUCCAUCAGCAGCGGCAGCAGCACCUCCUCGGAGCAGAGGCUGCUGGACCACAUGGCCCCGGCCGCCGUGGCGGAGCAGUCGUCCCCGCGCGCCGUGCGGGUUCAGCCCAAGGCGGUCAACGGCAAGCCGCCGGACCCGAAGGGAGCCGCGGCGCCGGAGCCGGACAAGCACUUUCUGCUGUGCGAGGCCUGCGGGAAAUGCAAGUGCAAGGAGUGCGUCCUGCCGCGGCCGCUGCCCUCGUGCUGGGUGUGCAAGCAGGAGUGCCUCUGCUCCGCGCAGACCCUGGUCAGCUACUGCACCUGCAUGUGCCUCGUCAGGGGCGUCUUCUACCACUGCGCCAACGAGGACGACGAAGGCACGUGCGCCGACCAGCCCUGCUCCUGCGCCCGCGCCCACCGCUGCGCCCGCUGGUCCUUCAUGGGUGCCCUCUCGCUGCUGCUGCCCUGCCUGCUCUGCUACCCGCCCGCCGCGGGCUGCCUCGAGCUGGCCCAGCGAUGCUACGACCGCGUGAGCCGGCCGGGCUGCAGGUGCAGCAACACGAACAGCGUCGUCUGCAAGGCGCUGCCGGACGGCGAGGCCAGCCGGCCGGGGAAGCCCUUCUGACGGCUCGGGCAGGGGAGGGGGCCUCCGAGGCGGGCCACCGCGUUCAGCGUUUUUAGCAACCUGUGUUUGAGGAUAACGUCAGCCUUUUGCCUUCGGAGACAGCGGCAGCAGCUCUUUCCACCAACCGAAGCACUUUGGGUUGUUCAGGGUUUUGGAACCGAUCAGAACUUAAAUAGACGGGGCCAAAGGAGGAUUCUUACUAACUGCGAGCGAAGGCUGAAAACCUGUGUGUGUCACGAAGAACGGCUGUGCAAAAGCUCCUGCUUCGGCUUGCCGGCUGCCCACGGUGCCCGCGUACCACCCGGCCCGCGAGCCGCUCCCUCGGCAGGCAGGCAGCACCGGCGGCGACCCUGCCCGCUGCAGAAGCAGCCCCGGAGGCGCGUUUUGGGGGCGGGGGGGCUGGUUUUUGCUUUCUUUCAAAACUCUGAUGUGUUACCAGCAGCUCGUGGCAGGUGACGGGUUAACUCCCUCCUCCUCCUCCUCCUCCUCUUCCUCCCUCACACACUCGCCAUCAGAAGGGCCCAUUGCACACGCAGGAUACGUUUCCCAAGCGUUUUCCUCAUCCCUCCAAGAUUUUGAACCAGAAGUAAGCCCACGGGUCACUCGUUUAAGGGUCUCCUAGCUCUUAGGCACGUUGCCUUCUCUGUCCCCACCCGGCCACGCUGAUGUGGACUCUUCUUUCCCGAGCGAGUUGAGGCAGGGCUGCUCCCUCCUUGCAAGGAACGGAGGCAGACUGUGUCCACGCGGUUGUCACGUCCUUUUGCCAGGGAGCUCGUCUGUAGCAUCAGGUUUCAUUCAGUGCAUUGCUAAAUACUGACUUUACAGCAACAGGACGAGGCUGCUCCAAAGAGCAUCGUUCAAGUCUCACGUCCCCAGGCGCCUGCUCGCUCAGCAAACGCUGGAGCACAAGCGGAUCUUAACUCACCCCCCAAGUUCAGACGUUCAAAGUCUGUUCGUUUCUCUCAAACUGGGUUAAGAAGUCAUGAAAACCUACGUGCAGGGCCCACGUGGGUAUAUUUUUAUAGGGAUAUCAGUCCAGUACCGCCGCUCCUGGAACAAGCCCUUUGCUCGUCGAACAGUAAGGUAAUUUUUUCCCACCUUGGGGAAGAAUGACAGUUGCUGAAGUACCUCCCACCCCCCCAUUUCUGUUGCUGCUGCUCAACUUUUGCCCCCUCUGUACAGAAGUGUGUCUCUGUAGGCGUAGGGAACGCUCUUCAUGUUUAUUUUGGUGUCAGCAAAGCCUGGGGAAAGCCGGGGAGGGGAGGGAGCGUAUCGAAAGCGUUUGCCCAUGGUUUUCCGUAGCCGAAUCCCGUCGGCUUUGCCCGUGCACCCACCCUGGGGCCAGCUCUGCGCUGCCUUCGGAUGCAGCAGCCCCUUCUCUCCACGGCUGCAAGGUGCUAAAUAAAAACCUUUGCCCAAACACGCAGCGCUAGUGAGUAGGGAGGUACUUGUUGCAUGCUGAACACCGAGCUAGUCUCGCUCUCGCUCUCUUUUUUUUUCAAUUAGAGGAAAUUUCCCCAGUAAAUGCACAGCAGCGACAGCGAAAUGUCAUCCCCGAUUAGCUAAGCAGCCGGCAGGGCCCGCGUCGCCUUUCCAGGAGCCCCGUUUGCCGGGCGGCAACGCGGCGGCCGCGCAGGGCGGGGGAGCGGACGGGCUGGGGUUCGGAUGUCUCAUUUUACGAAUUCAUUUAACCCGGGCGGCUUGGUUUUCGGUUAGGUUUAAUUGUAGAUAUUUAUUGCGUGGGGAAUUAAGAAAAAACUUUUUAUAUUUAUUACCUUCGCUAGGUUGUGUAUAAAGCCUAGGAAAAGGGAUGCUGCGCCUGCUCCCAGGCACCAGCUCGUCCUCGUGUCGGGCGUGGGGCAGCACCGCGGAGGAGGGGGCAGGUGGGGAACGAGUCGCACAUGCUGUGCAACCCCGGCUCGCCGCCUCCGCCUGCUUCUCUUUGCGUUGUACAUAGCUGUAACUGCUCCUUUGCUGCCUUCUUUGAGGACACCGGUCCCGCCGGGCUGGCGCGCGGAGCAUCUCCGCUCAGCGUCCCUUCCCCUCCUUUCCCCAAAUCCCGGCUCCUGCGUCCCCCUUUCAAGGUACUUGGACCUCCUGCCUCCUCCGGCACCCGGGCUCGGCCGAGCAUCCCCGCUCUGGGCCCUGCCACACCCCCCGAAAAGUCACCACAGAAGGUUUUCUUUGUAUAGAGUAUUUAUUUUGAAGCUCUAUUUUAAUAGUAUUUAUUUUAGAAAGUCUACUAUCGUAAGAGUUCUUCUGUUUGUGAAGAAAGCAAGUACUGAUGAAUGUACUGAUCUAGAAAAUAUAUAUAUAUAAAUAUAUAUUGUUA